GGAGUGGUAUGAGGUAUUAACUACAAGUCCCAUAAGCUCCUGCCUAAUUCGAUGCGGCACAUGUUCAAACAUGGUUGCGUUCGCUGAUUUAAACAUUAGUAACACAAAUGACAAGAAAAAGCUGCAGAGUCUUAUUGAAACGGCGGCUCAUCUUGGCUAUUCUACCGUUGCCAUAAAUCACCUCGUUGAGAUCCAACCAAAAAAGCAGGAAAUUGCAAAGCCGAAGUGUGUUUCAGAGUUGUUUGACCAGUUUCCUAUUGUACAGGGUACGUCAAAACCAAUCAAAGUGUUAAACCGGCUGACGCUAAUGAUCUCUGACGCAUCUCACUUUAGACCCACUUCAGAGUUAAAGUCCUAUGAUAUAGUGGCAGUGUAUCCUAAAACGGAGAAGCUAUUUCACGCCGCCUGCAUGACCUUUGAUGUUGACAUUAUUUGUGUGGCGGUGACUGAGAAGCAGCCCUUUCACUUUAAGAGACCCCCGGUUUUUGGUGCAAUUGAGAGAGGAGUGUUCUUUGAGAUUAGCUAUGCUUCGGCAAUCAAGGACUCGACCAUGAGAAGAUACACCAUCUCAAACGCCAUCAAUCUGAUGGAGACGUGCAAAGGAAAGAAUGUAAUUGUAUCUAGUGGGGCUGAAAUGCCCCUUGAGUUAAGAGGACCCUACGACAUUGCGAAUUUGGGGCUGCUCUUCGGACUGUCUGAGGGAGAUGCCAAGGCCGCUGUUUCUACCAACUGCCGCGCCGUCCUGUUGCACGGAGAAACCCGAAAGACCGCCCUGGGGAUCAUACACACAACGAAGAGGACGCGGCCCGCUGCGGAAGGGCGAGAUGACGACAGGGAACCUCCAGCGGCAAAGAAAGCUAAAGUUAACACCGUGUGACUCGGUUUAACCUGAUUAUUGCUAUCACAGGUGUUGGGGAAACUGUUUGAUUCCAUACCAGAGAUCUUUAAGAGCAGUUUAUUUUUAAAAAAUGUAUUUUCUUGCGUAUUGCCCAGAUUUUAAUCUGAAGUGUGUAAUGAGUCUGUUAGGAUGCCUGAUCUAUGGGCAGUGUGUAUGAAAUGAGUUGCGUUAAGAUGCGUAGACAUGACUGCGUCGCCGCAUUCAUAAGGACAAAGAGCAGCCAAAAAAAGAAAGGUAUACAAGACGUAAGACGAAAGGAGGGCGCUCAGACAAGAAAAAUCAGUUAAAAUGUUUAUUUAAAACAAAAUAUUCAAAUAAAAUGUACAGAGCAUUUUACAUUAAGUACAAAAAAUUACAAUGACUUCAGCAAGUGCAUUAAAUCCCAGAAGUGUCCAUGUCCGUCUGUCUGAAUCUUUCCGGUUUGGACGACAGCCUUCCCGUGCUCAAAACAUUCUACAAACCACUUUGUUUUGGUUCUCAAAACAUACUGUUUACAUUUUUUUCCCUAGCCUGCCGUCAGUCUAAAUUUGUCUCGCCUUUCAAGGAACACGCCCACUUGUUAUUUCCAUGUAGUACUAUGGUGAUAGCAGUUGAUCUAUAAAAAUAAAGUCCCCCCUAUUUGUGUUACUUGAAGGACAAAGCCUGAGUACGUUAUUUAGAUCUCAUCUAUAUUCAGCAGCCCAGUUUCCCAGACCAGCAUUCUGUUGCCAGAUUUUCAUGGCGCACAUCCCUGCCGCACCAUCUUCAAUAACGUUUAUUAAUAAAAAUCAAGAUAUUCUCUGCACGCAUGAUCAACUGUAGCUUCUUUCCAAGUCAGCCCUGCUGUCUCGAGACAGUAUUGGAAAUGUCAGUUAAAAAGGGUCGUAUACAAUGGUUAUUCCAUUACCAGUAUGAACUUCUGUCUGCGUUGUCUGUCUACAUGUUAAAAUUGCCAAGAAUAUUUUUGGCUCCGCUUUGCCACUCAAGAAGACUUUCCAUUGGCGUUUUCCCUUCCUGAAAUAAAAUUAAGUUUUAAUAUACAAA